AUGACUUACCUCGCGGCCCUCUCCGUCUUCUCUGCCCUGUUCAUCGGCCCGGCGGCCAGCCUGGCGACGAGGCAAUCCCCUGCUGGGACGGCCACCGUCGACCUCGCGACGUCCAUCGGCCCAGCCAAGUUCCUCGGCGCGGGUUUCAUCUAUGGCUGGCCCGACAACGGCACCAGCGUCGACACCAGCAUUCCCGACCACCUGGCCCGGGACAUCAAGUUCAACUCGUGCCGCGCGGGGGGCGCCCAGAUCCCCGCGCCCGGCUGGGCCGGCGGCUUCGACGGCUACGUGGAGCGCUUCAAGUCGGCGCUGUCCAACUACCGCACCACGCGCAAGUUUGGUGGCGACUUUAUCCUGCUGCCGCACGACCUCUGGGGCGCCGACAGCGUCCAGGGUGCCGGCACGGCGUUUCCCGGGGACAAUGGCAACUGGACCGAGUCGGACCUGUUCUUGAAGCAGGUUGCUGCGGAUCUCAAGGCCAAUGACAUGCUCGAGGGGCUUGUGUUUGACAUUUGGAACGAGCCAGAGAUCUCGUCGUUUUGGGCGCGGUCGUGGGAGCAGUACCUCGAGUUCUACGUGCGAGCUCACAAGAUUAUCAGGGCCGAGCUGCCGCAAACUCUGAUCAGCGGCCCCUCGUUUGCCGACGCCCCGACCCUCACUCAUGACAAGUGGAAUUCGUGGUUGUCGGCCGUCGCCGGCAACAAUACGAUCCCCGACAUUUGGUCCUGGCACCAGAUUUCUAGUGCUCGUGACCUCGACCUCGUCGUCCCAGACUUCAACACCCUCCUCGUCCAGCACAACCUCCCCAAGCGACCCAUCGACAUCAACGAGUACGCGUGGCCGUCGGAGCAGACCCCGGCCCACAGCGUGUUCUACCUCUCGCAGCUCGAGCGCCACGACCUCCGCGGCCUGCGCGCCAACUGGGGGUCCGGCGCGGCGCUGCACGACAACAUGGCCGACCUGGUGUUCCACAACGCGACCACCGGCUCGUACAGCCCCAACGGCGAGUGGUACCUGUACAAGUACUACGCCGACAUGGUGGGUGAGCGCGUCGCCACCGCUGCGUCGGCCGACGCCAAGUCGGACGUCUUUGCCGUCGUCGAGGGCAGCGGCGCCAAGAUCCUGGCCGGCACGCGCACGGUCCAGGGAACCUACGAGGUGGUGGUCUCGGGCUUGAGCCGACUGGGCCUCCCGACUGAGGGGAGCGUCCAGGUUCGCACGCACCGCUUCGACUGGGCUGGCGCCAAGGUCGACGUUGGCGAGCCGGUCGAUUUGGGCGUGGCUAAUGUGGAUUAUUCCUCCGACACGCUCAAACUUUUGGUCACUUAUCCUACAAACUCGACGGCAUUUGCUUUCGAGCUUCAUGGCGCAAAUUAG